GCAUCCGCAAGCAAACAAGCCAACGCAGAGCAGAGCACAGCCGCCGUCCGCUGCGUCCUGUUCCGCUCCAGACUCCAGAAACGCACGCGCGCUGCGGGCGCAGCAGAGCACUGACUGACUGAGGCGGCGGUCGCGGUAGAAGCGAUCCGCCUAUGGCGCGGUCGAAGAAUGGCUGCCUCAAGAUCCUCGCCUGCGCCGGCGCCGGAUCCGACCCCUCCGCCGGCUCCGAGGCCGACGCUGACGAGCACCCCGACGAGAACAAGGCCAUAUCGGAUAAAAGCAGAUGGAGCUUUCGUAGGAGGUCUACAAGGCAUCGAGUUUUGAAGAACUCUGAUAUCUCUGAACCUGAAACUCUUAGUUCGAGCAAAGCAAAGUCUGACAUUACACCAAGCAACAAUAUUUAUUCUUCAACAUACUCUUAUACCUCGGAGAAGCCUCUGCACCAAGACAAGCCAGACAGAAAGAUUCUGCAUCAAGAGAAGUCAGAGGAGAGGCCUCUGCAUCAAGAGAAGUCUGAUGAAAAGCUGAUGGAGAAACCAAUUGAAAAGCCUGUUGAAAAACCAAUGCAAGAACCGGCUGACCAGAUAAUUGAUAAGUCAAUUGAACAGCCGGCUGAAAAGAUAACCGAAAAAACAACUGAAGAGCCAGCUGAAGAAAUAACCAGCAGACCAAUUGAAGAGCCAGCUGAAAAGGUAACAGAGACAACAUCUGAGGAGUCAGCUGAAAGGAUAACUGAAAAUUCAAUUGAAGAAACUUCAGAAAAGGCUGUUGUGGAACUGGUUGAAAAAUCAAACGAAAGUAUUCCUGUCUCAUCGACAGGGCUGAAGCAGGAGGAAACCACGUCACUUGUUGAAGAAAGCAGUGCAGACCCUGAGGAAGAUCAGUUGGAGUCUGCUGAUAUUGUCAUUCACUCUGGCAUCAAAACAGUCAUUGCAAGUCAAGAACUAUCGAGUCAUAAGGAUCUCGUGAAACUGCAAGCUAUGGUACGUGGGCAUCUAGUUAGAAAGCAGGCCGCGGAAUCAUUACAAUGCUUGCUUGCAAUUGUUAAAAUCCAAGGGCUAGUCAGGGCUCAUCAAGCACAACAAUCGGCAGGAGAGUCUCAGGAUACCAUCCUUCAUUCUUCAAGUGAGAAAUUGCUUCGUAAUGGAUUUGCUCUCAAGCUCAUUGAUAGCGUGUCUACUUCAAAAUCUAUUCACAUAAAAUGUGAUCCUUCAGAAUCUGAUGUUACAUGGAAAUGGAUGGAGAGGUGGACAGCCUUAAUUCCACCAAUCAAUGUGGGGCACUUGGCAGAGCAUAGAGAAAAUAGAGGGUUGGUGGUUGAAAAGGUGAAAGAAGAUGCUCAGCAUGAUGAUAAGAUUGUUCCUUUGGACUCAGACCUAUCUUUCCCCAAGUUAGCGCCUGAUGCUGUGAAAGAGACACUAGAGACAUCUGAUUCUGAAUCAGAGUUGAUUGAAAAUGUUAAUGUGGAUGCUGAACAAGUGACUGACCAAAAGACAGAAAAUGUUGUGGACGAGUCUUUGGAGCCCUCAGAUCAACAAUCUACCCAAGCUGAUGUGUCAAGGGAGCCCAGCCCUCUUCCUGAUAAACCUGAAUCAUCCAAUGAGGACACUAGUGAUGCUUGUAAUACCGAGGAGACACUGGAGAUGGAAGGUAGAAGGGUUGUGGCAAGAAAGUCAUGCAAUCCAGCGUUUGCUGCUGCACAGUCGAAAUUUGAAGAGCUGAGUACAAAUUCGACAGUCAGCAGGUCCAGCAGUUCAUCGUAUCUGGAUGGGGGGAGCAAGUCAAAGGUACAUACUCCUCGUUCACAAGAAGAUUACUCAUCAAAGAAAGAUAAUGACAUAAGUAUUCCAGUAAGCUCUGUUAGUCAUGAUACUAAAAUGGUAGUUGCUGCUUCAGAAUGUGGGACUGAAAUUUCAAUUUCCUCUACACUGGACUCACCAGAUAGAUCAGAAGGUGAUGGUGGGGAGAUUGUAUUGGAGAUUGGAGCUCUGGAAAAUAGGAACUAUGCUACCAACAAAGCUGAUAAAGACACCAAUAUUGUGCAUUCUGAAGUGAAAAAUACUCCUGAAGUAGAAGCCCAGCCGCAGAAGGAGGUACAACAGAAUAGCCACGUUACUGACCCUGAUGUUGUCACUGAUCCUGAGCUUGUUCAGGAGGCACAUGUUGAACCGGAAAAGUCAGAUUUGCACGACCAUUUGGAAAAGCCUGUAGAAUCUUAUGCCACACCUGAAGGAACUCCGAUGAGCCGAGCAACCAUUGCAGAAUCUCAUGGAACACCAUCAAGUGAGGUCUCUGUUAAUACCAAAAGGAGCAAGAGCAAAAGGCUCAGGUCCCAUGCAAGCAAGAGGUCACUGGCUAGUCCAAGCAGUGAUUCUGUAGGACGGAGCAGCUCUGAUAAUUUCUCAAAGAAUUCUAGGCAUGCCAAGAGAGAGAACUCGAGCAAGGUUGCUAAAUCUGACCAUGCUGAUCAAGAAGCUCGCAUAAGCAACAGCAACCCAUUGCCAAGUUAUAUGCAAUUUACAGAAUCUGCAAGAGCAAAGGCAUCUGCUAACUUAUCUCCAAAGAUGAGCCCAGAAGUACAGGACAACAAUCCGAAGAAAAGGCAUUCUUUGCCCAUGACAAAUAGUAAGCAGGAUUCAUCUCCUCGCAUGAAGCGAUCAUCGUCCCAGGCUCAGCAAAACGUGAAAAGCACUGGCACUGUUCCUCACAACUCAUCUGACAAGAAAUGGCAUAUUUGAUGACUACGCGGAGCUGUAUAUUGGCGAGGUGCCAUCAAAUAUCUAGAUGAAUUCUCAGACUGUCAUUGCUGAUUGCGCACACCCUCUAAUCCCUCAGUGUUUUUCCUUUCUUCUUUGGUUGUUGGAAUACCGAGUACGGUUGGGAGAAGAGCAGCAGCAGCUUGAUAUAUGUACAUUUGUUGGUUCUUAUUGCUUCGUGUUAUUUGACUUGAUAGUGAUUUCUGUGUGUAAUAGUACAUCCUUGACUAGUAAUGCAACAGCGGCCUGAAGAGUGUGGAUUGGCCUGUUAUAUUUGGCAAUAUUGAAGUUUUUGUUCGUGAUC